AAAUCAAACCAAACCAAACCAAAAAAAAAAACAACAGUUAGCUCUCUUACGCUCUUAACCUGGCUAUCUUUCUAUCUUUCGUUGUCAACUCUCCCCCCAAUUGUCGUGGUUCCCAUUGAAGAGAGCACCGUUAGACUUGGCGAAAGAUCGAAGAUCGAAACGGAAACGGAAAGUAAAAGCGCCAAAUCUAUAGAAAAUUUUGUUCAAAAGCGAAAACCAACUCUCUCACAGAGAUGGCCGAGACAAUCAGCAACAACAACAACAAACCGAGCAUACAAAUCCGUAGUGGUCUACCCUCACCAUUGCCCGACAAGAGCCCCUCACCGGCCACCAAGCUACUGAUUAGCCAUGGCAAGCCCAACUUUACCAUAGCUCGAUCCCCGAAAGGCGAAGAGAAUGGCAAUCCAUUGUCACCGCCAGCGAAUGGCAAUAACAAUUACAAUGCCUUCAAGACUUCAAACAGCAGUGCCAACGUAAACAAUAGCAACAAAUUCAUCAUUGGCACCAAGUUCAAUGGCGUCUUUAAGCCCUCCAAUACAGCAGCCAAUUGGGCCACCAAUGGCAAUGGCAAUGCCAAUGGCACAGCCACCGACAAUGAGGCAGCCAAAGUUAUCUUACGUCGUCCCAAACAGGCGGAUCCGUUGUCACCACCCGUCGAGAAUGAUGAGAAUGUGCCCGAGUUCAUAAGACGCCAGCGACGCAUUCAAGAGCGUUUGGCUAAGGAGAAUGUAUUGGACUUUGAGAAUCGUCGUAGUGGUUAUUUCACUCAUGUCAUGAUCUCACCGGACUCCCCAAAUCGUACAUCAUUUGUCGAGACUAUGGCCAGUCCGGCUAUAGUUCCGGCCUUGGAAAUGCCAGCUCCGGUAUUCGAAAAGGUCGUUGAGGAGGAGCAAAUUCCAGUGCAAGUUACCAAAGAAGAGGAGCAAGCAAUUGUAACCAAUGGCAAUGGACACGUGGCUGAAGAGGAAGUUGCAGUUACCAACGGCAACGGCAAUGACCAUGUGGCUGAAGAGGAAGAUGCAGCAGUGGCUGCCCAGGAAGUGGCCCAGGCCAUUGAAGAGGUCAUCAAGGCUGUUGCCGGUGAGGCUGAUGAACCAGAAGCUGAACCAAAGGCUGUGGAGGAGAGCCAAGUCCAGCCAGAGGCAGUGCCAGCAGAGCCCGUUACUGUUCCAGCUCCGGUUGAGGCGCAAGUGGAGGUAGUGGAGCCAACAGUUGCCCCAGUUAGUCCAGUUACUCCAGUGGCCACAUCUCUGCAGCAGAAUGGACAGGCUGAACAAGAAGAAGAAGCCGCCAUAACCAUUUCCCACACCAAUGGCCAUACCAAUGGUGAAACGAAUGGCCAUGCCACCAAUGGCGAUGGCCCCAGCAUACCAGCACCCGAUCCAAGCGGUGCUUUGGGUGUCAACUAUGAGCCAAAGACCGUGGUCAGCUUCUCCCAGGAAUUGGGUAGCGGUGAGAAUAAUUAUCCCGACACAGUCAAGGUGGAGACAACUUCCGAGUCCACAUCGGCGGCCGAUGGUGAGCUCAAGGAAUUGACUAAACUGAAAUUCGACAUCAAGAGCGAUGAACAGAAUGAGGUUCAGGUGACUCCCGUUCUGCGUGCCGCCGAGGAGUGAGUCCAUUAUCUGGCCAGGAUCUAGUGUAAUUCUUUUGUUAUAUAUAUACAACAUAUGCUUACAUGGAACCAAAUGUAAUGUGUAAUAUGUGUGCGUGUAUUUUUUGUGUUUUUGCCACAAUAAGUAAGUUGAUUGAUCAUUGA